GCUCUGAUAGAUCAAAAACUCAAUGAUCGUGCCUCACGGAUUUUUCCAGCAUGGAGACUUCCCCACGAUCUGACCGAACAUGUUCGUCCAGACGCUUCUGUUAGUGCCUUUGAGCUGUUGCGGAAAACUACCAUUCUUAGUUCGAUAGAAAUUGAAAUCACGGAGACAUACAGCGCAGAAAAUCUCAUAAGAAUGCUUGCAACCCGUGAAAUCACUUCAAUGGAAGUGACUACCGCAUUCUGCAAACGCACCGCAAUUGCACAGCAGCUGACCAACUGCCUGACGGAGAUCUUCUUUGAACAGGCACUGCAAAGAGCCAAGGAGCUCGACGAGUACAUUGUGAAGAAGGGACGUCCAAUGGGUCCGUUCCAUGGCCUUCCUAUAAGCCUAAAGGACUCCUUCAUGGUUGAAGGCCAAGCAGCCACACUUGGCUUUAUUUCUUUCCUGAAGAAGCCAAAUGCCACGAAGAACUCUUUCUUGGUUGACAUUUUACUCGAGGGAGGCGCAGUAUUGUACGCCAAGACAAACGUGCCUCAGACUCUUUUCACAUGCGAGUCAUAUAAUCGGCUCUUUGGUACCACCAUGAAUCCACAUAACCUGAGCCUGACUGCCGGGGGAAGCAGCUCCGGCGAAGGAGCAUUAAUAGGUAUCAGAGGAUCCAUCCUAGGUGUCGGUGCUGAUAUGGGUGGCUCGAUACGAGUUCCGUCGCUGUGCAAUGGGACCUAUGGAUUCAAGCCCACCGCGAACCGUGUGCCGUUCGGAGGCCAGCAAGAUUUUAUUCGAAAAGGAUGGCCGGGGGUUCUCCCUGCUGCUGGGCCACUUGCUCAUUAUGCAUCAGAUCUAACGUUCUUUGUUCGAUCGGUUCUUCUUGCCAAGCCGUGGCUGAAGGAUUCGACGGCUUUAGCUGUGCCAUGGCGAGAGGUCCCUAAGAAGGCACGGCUCACUAUUGGGGUUUUUCUAAACGAUCCAAUGUUCCCGGUAUUCCCACCAAUCUCCCGUGCAUUGCAAUCUGCGGCAGAUAAGCUGAAGAAAGCCGGGCAUGAAGUUAUACCUGUGAACGCUCCACCGAUACUCACAGGAGUAACCGGAGCCGUACGGUCGUUUAUAUUGGAUACCGAGGACACAGUCUCAAAAUAUCUGGCAGAGGCAGGAGAGGAGCCGGUCGAAUGUGUCCGCCAAAUGAAUCUAGCAGCCUUGCUUGGGCAAAGUGGAGUCUCGCUGGACGAUAUGUGGCGAUUCGUUGCUGAGAGGGAAGACUACAGGGAAGACUGGGGCAAGAUUUGGCGAGAAAAUCAAAUUGACGUCCUCCUUUGCCCAGGUUCGCGGGGAACAGCCGUCCCUCAUGACAAAUAUGGGAUUCCUGUAUACACAUUGCUGUGGAAUUUUCUCGAUUUUCCUGCGAGCGUUAUUCCUUACGAACGCGCCAACAAAGCCCUGGAUACAGAGGUGAUUGAUGGAUGUAAGUUACCAUACUAUGAUCCCACCCUGACCCUGACUGAUUGCAUUCUAGUCAACAUUGACGAGGUGGACGGGGCACCUUGCCAUGUACAAAUUGUUGGCUGGCAAUUCCAGGACGAGGAAGUUCUUUCUGCCACCGAAACUAUUGCUGAUGUUCUCAACUGA